GUCACCGCUAGACGGCGCAUGCAGUAUCAAUCAAUGACGGUGUCCUUACAACUUUUCAAGUGUAAAUAUUUCGGACCAACCUAGAUACUAGAUACUAUAGGAAAAUUAAGAUUUUUUUUGAAUACUCACUUCUAAGACCAACAUCUUUGUACCUUGGAUACCUCCGCUGUUUAAUGGGGCAAAGAAAGAUCUCCUGGGAACCCUUUGUUUAUGGAGGACUUGCAUCAGUAACAGCUGAAUGUGGGACAUUUCCAAUUGACACAACAAAAACUCGUCUGCAAAUUCAAGGUCAGCGUAUUGAUGCCAAGCUGUCACAAGUGAAGUACAAUGGAAUGAUACAUGCUCUUUUAAGAAUAUUUAAAGAGGAGGGUCUUACAGCAUUAUACUCGGGUAUAGCACCAGCACUACUGCGACAGGCGAGUUAUGGCACAGUGAAAAUUGGUGUCUACCAUUACAUGAAACGCAUGUUUGCCGAAAAUGAGCAAGAGGAAUCGUUACCAGUGAAUGUGUUCUGCGGGAUUGUUGCAGGGAUUGUGUCCAGCUCAUUUGCCAACCCGACAGAUGUGCUCAAAGUGCGUAUGCAGGCGCGAUCCUCCCUGAGUGGUAAGGAGACAAUGGUACGGGCAUUCCAUGACAUCUUCAGACAGGAGGGAGUCAGGGGACUAUGGAGGGGUGUAGGUCCAACUGCCCAGAGAGCUGCAAUAGUGGUGGGUGUGGAACUGCCAGCGUACGACAUGAUCAAGAAGUACAUCAUAAACCACCAUAUCAUGGGAGACACGAAAGAAACACACUUUGUGUCGAGUUUCACAGCUGGCCUUGCUGGUGCAAUAGCUUCAACUCCUGUUGAUGUUGUCAAGACGCGGCUAAUGAAUCAGCGGAACCUCAAGUCGUCAGUUGUGAUCGCAGAGGGAGGGGCUAUGCCAGCCAUAUAUACGUCAUCCAUGGACUGCCUUCUCACUACCGUGAAGACUGAAGGUGUCACAGCCCUGUAUAAAGGCUUCAUUCCAAACUGGCUGAGACUUGGGCCUUGGAACAUCAUUUUCUUCAUGACAUACGAACAGCUGAAGAAAAUGGGCUGCUGAACGAUCUGUUCCAUCAAAUACUCACUGUGCAUCCUGUUUGAUCAGGCCGACUGGUCGAUUUGCAAGCUCUAAAUCAGAUGUAGGGAAUUCCAAGGAUCCAUAACAAACUUUGGGCACCAUUUCAGAUACAGGCAACUUUUGCUUACUUUGGAGUCCCACAUGUGCAAGUCUUUUCAUAUUAUAUAUGGUAAGAUGGUGGUUCCAGGUCAGUUGAGAUAACUGGACCCUUGAUUGAUGAAGCAGAACUGAGAAUUUGUUCCUAGAAUUUUCAGAGGUUUCGAAUGAAAUUAAAAAAACAAUUGCAGGUUUGAUAAUGCUUCAUUCAGGUAUUGAAAUAUAAUCAAUUUAAAAUUGAAAGAUUGUAAUUGUUAUGUAAAGGAAAGUUUGAGGGCUUUAGGACAAAUAAAAUCAAUAUAUAAUCAAUUCCAGCUGACAGUUUACGAUAACAAUUGUGUAGAAAAGUGAAGCCUCGUCAUUUUACAUGUCAUCUAGACAAGAGAAGCCUCGUCAUUUUGCAUGUCAUCUAGACAAGUGAAGCCGCGUCAUAUUACAUGUCAUCUAGACAAGUGAAGCCUCAUCAUAUUACAUGUCAUCUAGACAAGUGAAGCCUUGUCAUAUUACAUGUUAUCUAGACAAGUGAAGCCUCGUCAUAUUACAUGUUAUCUAGACAAGUGAAGCCUCGUCAUAUUACAUGUUAUCUAGACAAGUGAAGCCUCGUCAUAUUACAUGUUAUCUAGACAAGUGAAGCCUCGUCAUCAAAUGAUUGUGCAAUGAGAAUGUUUGGUGUGUGUUUUAUGAUCUGUCUGAUUUUAUUGAUAUACCGUAAAUAACUGGGUAUUAGACGCAUUUUUUCCCCUCAGAUUUCGAUGUUAAAAAAUGCCUGCAUAUGAUACCCAGUAACAAGCUUUUGAACUUUUUUCUGAGGUCGAUUUCAGGCUGAGAGUUUGUUUAGAUUUAUGUAGAAAGGGAAGUUACUCGCGUCAUAUCGAUUGAGUAUAUAUGGGUUAAAACGGCAGUUGAAGAUCGGGAUACAGUAUAUCGCAAGAUGUUUAUGAUUUAAAAAAAAAUAUUGUACGAUUUUAAAUUAUUAAAAUUAUUCAAUAUUAAUUUGAAUAAAACAAUAAUUAAACAUGCAUAUAAAAAAGCAAAGUUGGGCACUGUCAAAAUAUUUUUGUCAGUUGUACGAUAAGGUGUGAAAAAUUCGCACUGCCUUUAGACCUGUUUAACAUACCAAUACUACAAACUGAUGCACUAAUGGUCAUGAUUUACACACUUUUCCAUGUUCUUUAUUUUUCUGUAGGUGUUGACACUUUGAAAACAAGCCCGUACAAUUUAAAGUUUUUGCAUACAGUAACUUCCCUAUUUAUUCUCGACAGGUUAUCGUUUACGAUAUACUGUCAGAAAGAAAUCUUACAAAUAGUCAUAAAAGGUCCAUUUCAGUGCCAUCCAGAUACAAAUUGUCACACUAAGUAAUUUUCAGUGCCUAUCCUAACAUGAAAUAAAUAAAAAUGAAACAUAUUUUGCAUUUGCAUUGUAUGGUUUUAAAGAUAACCAUCGCCAUUUUCACGAAAAAAAAAAAUUCGUCACUGUCAACAAACAUGGUGGCCAAGAUUGGCAGACGAUUUUGACAUCUUUUCUAUGGGUCCUUAUACCCAGUCAUUUACGGUACAUGUAUAUAAUGGGUAAAUGCCAUCUUUUUAUAUAAAAUGUGCUUUUAGUUGACUGUCCAAACACAUUGGACUGUUUAAAGUAUUUCUUGCAAGCACCAUGAUUGGAAAUCCACAGCUACAUGUUUACUGGGAUGUUGUUGCACAAUUUGAAAUGAAAUCUCAUUCUGUAAUAUAUCACGACUGUGAAAGGUGACUUCUGGGCAUAUUACAAGUUAGAAUAAACAAUAACUCCAAUGGUUGAUAACAACCUUUUAAACAGUAUAUUUAACAGUACAUACCAGAUUUCAUCUACCAGCCUAUGAUUUGUGAUCAAUCCAUGUUAUUUGCAAUCUGUUAUAAUGUCUGUUCAUAUGUUUUAUUAUUUGUAAAUAACUUGUACAAAGUAAUUUAUUGUUAUGUCUCAGUUGACUGUUUUUUUUAAAACCUCUUUGUAGAAGGGUGGUAUAAUUAUCUGCCUCUCAAGGAAGAGGUCGUGGCUUCAAUCCCCAUUUGGGGUGCAUUCUUCUGGCCUUUCAAAAAGGUCACUGGUACUGGUCUCCAGUUCUAGCUGUCUUCAUAUUCAAACUUAAAUGAAUGAGGUUGGAAAAAAGAAUCAAGUCACUUGGGAAACACAUCAUUUGAUAUCCAGGUAUCUUCUAUUUAUUUAAAGACAACUGAAUGUUUAACUUCAAAGGAACAUUACAUCUAUUUAUUUAACGACAACCAAGCUUACCAGAAUUGCUUUUUGUCAUUCUGUAAUUCAUAGUGAUUCAUAUGCAGAAAUGUUGGUGUUUUAUUCAUACUCUUACUGAUUAAUUCAAGGUUUAUAUUAAAGGUUUCAUUUUUUAUCAUAAGUUUAUACAUUACUUUGGUGUGUUGCAAAACUAAGGAUUUCCUUCAACCAUUUUCAGUAAACAUUUUCCGUUAAGAAUGGCUUCUGAGAAGCCCAUUUUUUUUAAGAAAUGCUUUUCAAGAAGAUUUUAAGACUUUUUGUUGGUUCAGAUUUGUAAACAUAGAUGAUAAAUAGUAUAUUUGUGCUAUUUAAAAUAGUUGAGAGACAAAAUGUUACUUUUAAGCUCACCUGAGCACGAAGUGCUAAAGGUGAGCUAUUGUGAUCGCCCUGUGUCCGUCGUCAACAAUUUGACUGUUAACACUCUAGAGGGCACAAUCUAAAUGAAACUUGGUCAGAAUGUUACCCUCAAUAAAAUCUUGGAUGAGUUCGAUAUUGGGUCAUCUGGGGUUAAAAACUAGGUCACCAGGUCAUAUUAAAGGAAAAGCUUGUUAACACUAUAGAGGUCACAUUUAUGACUGUAUCUUCAUGAAAGUUGGUCAGAAUGUUUAUAUUAAUAAUCUUUAAGUCAAGUUUAAAUCUGGGCCAUGUGCGGUCAAAAACUAGAUCACCAGGUCAAAUCAUAGGAAAAGCUUGUAAGCACUCUCGAGGUCACAUUUAUGACUGUAUAUUCAGGAAACUUAGUCAGAAUGUAUAUAUUGAUUAGCUCUAGGCCAAGUUCGAAUCUUGGUCAUGUGCGGUCAAAAACUAGGUCACCAGGUCAAAUUUAAGGAAAAGCUUGUUAAUAAUCUAGAGGUCACAUUUAUAAAUGUUUCUUCAUGAAAGUUGGUCAGAAUGUUUAUAUUAAUAAUCUCCAAGUCAAGCAUGAAUCCUGGUCAUGUGUGGUUAAAAACUAGGUCAUUAGGUCAAAUCAUAGGAAAAGCUUUUUAGCACUCUAUAGGUCACAUUUAUGACCAUAUCUUCAUGGAACUUGAUCAGAAUGUUAUUCUUAAUGAUCUUAAGAUAGUCCUAAAUUUGUUUUAGUUAAGUCCCCUCUCGUUGCACUUUCCAUUGCCCUGAAAAACACUUAUUCUUUCCCAAGUCACAAUUGCCCUCGCCCUGAAAACACUUAUUUCACACUUGAAUUGGAUCAGGUGAGCGAUACAGGGCCUUCAGGGCCCUCUUGUUUAUAGACAGCAUGUAGAUGCUUUGUAAAUUUAUUGCUCAAAACCUAUGACAAAAUAAAUUUAAAAAACUCAUAAA